AUGGCUUGUAUAUGUUAUUCAACGUAUUUAAUAUUAGUACAACACGCUUGUGUUCAAUUUAGCGUUCUAAUACUUAAUAUACGACAACCAUUUGGCAAAUACAAUUUUGCAGAUAAAACUUUGUAUGACGAAAUAAAUCAAGAAGAUUGGAUAGUUGAUAUAAUAACUCGAUAUUUAAGAAUCACAAAAUUUGUAGAAUUGAUAAACAAUCUCUCUAGGAUAAUUUACUUAGUGGGAAUUUCAUUUUCGAUGGUCCUCAUUUUUUUUAAUGUUCUUUAUAUAUUGCAAUUAUUUACGAUAUUGCAAAGUGCAAGUGAAACAUUUGAAUGCAUCAUUGUAAUUAUUGGAUCUCUAUUUUCUAUAUAUAUUAAUUUUUAUAUUGGACAAAUGCUCAUUAAUCAUAACAGAGCAGCUUUUGAAGAAUUAUGUCACGUACCGUUCUACAUGAUACCCAUAAAAAUUCAAAAGAUGAUGUUAUUUAUCAUAGCAAGAAGCAUGAGACCAUGCGAACUUUCAAUCGGAGGUAUAUUCGUGGCAUCGCAUGAAAUUUUUGCUGGGUUAUUGCAAAAAGCAUUUUCUUUCGCAAUAGUAUAUUAUAAUCGUUACAACUGA